ACUCUAGGCUCCAACUCGUUAUGAAAAGUGGGAAGUAUGUGUUGGGGUACAAGCGGACUCUGAAAAUGAUCAGACAUGGCAAAGCGAAACGGGUCAUCCUCCCCAACAACUGCCCAGCCUUGAAGAAAUCUGAAAUAGAAUACUAUGCCAUGUUGGCCAAAACUGGUGUCCAUCACUACAGCGGCAGUAAUAUUGAAUUGGGCACAGCGUGUGGGAAAUACUACAGAGUGUGCACACUGGCUAUUAUUGAUCCAGGUGAUUCUGAUAUCAUUCGAAGUAAGCCAGAACAGACUGGUGAAAAGUAAAUCACGUAAAAUUUUUCAUUAAUAAAAUUGGCUAGAGCUUGUUAAUAAAUAAAUAAAUAAAUAAAUAAAUAAAUAAAUAAAUAA